AUGAAAAUCUGGGAACGAUAUCUCAAGCGCCAGAGAGCUCUGUUCCGUUUAAGGUAUCAAUCACCGAAGCAACUCUUUGACAGUGCAUGCGAACUGUUGAUCAAGUGCUUUGCUGUGUGUGGAGGCGAACGGAUGAAACCGGGAUACACGCGACGCAAUCCUAGGUUAAUCUUUCUCGUCACCGAUUUGAUCCUGUACCUGUUUGUGAACCUCUACUCGAUAGCGAUCGUUUGGGGUUCGCUGAUGGAUGUGGUGUUUUGCUUCGUAACUUUGGGAAUCGCCAUUCAGGGCCUCGCAAAGAUUGAAGCGUUCACCUGUCCAGAGCUAAACGAUCUUCACCUAUACAAUGUGGGUCGCUUUCAGCUGCCACCUCGCUUUCCGGAAGUGGAAGAAGCACUGUUUCACACAGCGGCGAUGUGUAAGGUGUUUAUUCGGAUCCUAGCUGUGGCGUUUUCAAUUGUUGCCAUCGCCAUCUAUUCGUACGCCAUCUUGAUGCCCCUGGUGGAAGGGAAAUUGUCGCUUGCCUUUGGAUUCUAUCUGCCCUUUAUAGACUAUCGGACACCGAUCGGCUUUGCGAUAAAUUGGGUGUAUCAGUUCAUACAGGUUUCGGAGGGAUGUAUCGGACUGAUGGCGUGUGAUACUUGUUUGUUGUUUUUGAUCGUAAAUGCAACGGGCCAGAUGGAUCUUAUCAUCAUCUAUUUGCGACGGCUAACGGAGCUGAUCGACAGUAAUAAUGCUGGUCAGAAUGAUGAGAAAAUUGCUGAUCUGAUUGGAGACAUCGUGGUGAAGCAUUUGGAACACACGAAAUAUGUCACAGACAUGGACAAACUUUUGAAGAAACAGUUCUUCAUUAACUUCAGUUGCAUAAUCUUCGAGCUUGUGGCAUCGCUUGCGAUCGUCGUUCGGUUUCCAUGGUAUCCCGGGAUGGCCAUUGCUUUAAUUUGCACCAUACAGCUCUUCGUCAACUGCUCCCUGGGGACGUAUCUUUCAUCGAAGAAUGAUAAACUAGUGGAAGAGAUUUACAACGUGAACUGGUACGGUCUUUCAACAAAGCACCAGAAAACUCUGCAACAAGUACUGCUCACCUCGCAACAUCCUGUUGUACUCUCGGACGGCUUUGCAGCCAUUGAUCUAUACAAUUUUGUGGAGAUUUAUAAGAAAAUUUAUUCCUACUUGAUGGUUUUGCAGAACAUGUCAUAA